AUGGCAGGUGCGGGCCAUCCAGGCGAAGAUGAUAUUGGCGGGCUAGUACUGCUUGCUCGUGCGGCGCAGGAGCUCAACAUUCCUUAUAUCGCUUCAGGUGGGGUUGCAGAUGGACGCGGGUUAGCCGCUGCUUUAGCUCUCGGCGCAGCGGGUGUAAACAUGGGAACAAGAUUCAUGUGCACAGUAGAAAGUCCCAUACAUCAGAAUAUCAAGGACAAGAUCGUUGCGUCUACAGAACAAGACACUAUUCACAUAUUCCGUACUCUUCGCAACACUGCACGAGUUUUCCGCAACUCGGUCACCGAGCAAGUAGUCGCACUUGAGCGCCGGCCUGAAGGUGCUAAAUUCGAAGAGUUACGCGACCUUGUAUCCGGCCAGCGCGGUAGGAAGGUUUAUGAGCUAGGCGAUCCAGAUUAUGGUGUGUGGAGUCUGGGCGUGAGCGUAGGGCUUAUCAAGGAUUGUCCUACCUGUGAAGUCUUGUUGCGCAGAUUAGAGCAGGAGGCAGAAGGAAUCAUUGAGCAGCUGGGAAAGUUGAGGGUGCAAUCGCACAGGUCGAUCACGGCAAAACUGUAA